AUGGCUGUUAACAUCCCAGGAGUGAUAGCGAUGUCGUUUUUCUACCUGCUGGUCCUUGGGACCGGCAUCUGGGCUUCUUUCAAGUCCAAAAGGGAACAGAAGAAAAGUUCGGCCUCUGGAAUAGAGAUGGCUCUGCUGGGAAACCGGAGCAUUAACGUGGUGGUGGGGAUCUUCACAAUGACAGCUACAUGGAUCGGAGGAGGCGUUAUUGUUGGCACAGCUGAGAUGGUGUACACGCCCUCAAUGGGACUAACCUGGACUCUCUUGUUAUUAAUGGCUUACAGCUCAUCUUUUAUUGUUGCUGGCACGGUGUUUGCAAAGCCAAUGAGAGACAGAAAGUGUAUGACGAUGCUGGACCCUUUCCAUGCCAAGUAUGGAAAAGUGUUAACAGCUGGACUGUCCCUGGCUUCACUUUGUGUUGACGUGGUGACUGUGCCCACUACACUAAUUGGUUUAGGAGGGGUUAUGAGCGUGGUCCUGAAUGUGUCCUUCAGUGUGUGCAUCUGGAUCUCUGCUGCCGUCGCCAUCACCUACACACUGCUGGGAGGUCUGUACUCUGUGGCCUACACAGAUGUUAUACAGCUUGUGCUCAUAUUCUUCAGCUUGUGGCUCUGUGUUCCCUUUGCUUUGAUGAACCCUUACUCCUUGGACAUCAGCCAGACACUGAUGAACAACACCUUACAUGCUCCCUGGAUUGGUACACCGGGAGUAAAACAGACCUGGAUAAUGAUUGAUGAUUUUUUAUUCUUUGCCCUGGGAAAUAUGGGAUUUCAGUGCGUCCAUCAGAGGACUUUGUCGGCAUCUUCUACAUCCACAGCCAAGAGAACUUGUUUUGUUUCUGCAAUGAUCUUACCUGUAUUUGGAAUACCAUCAAUUCUGCUUGGGGCAGUUGCUGCCUCCACAGACUGGAACAUGACUUCCUAUGGCUCUCCAUCUCCAUAUGAACGUGGGGAAUCAGUUCUAGUUCUGCCCAUCACCCUGCAGCACCUCACUCCGCCAUUCAUCUCCAUCAUCGGUACUGCAUGUGUGGCCGCUGCCGUCAUGUCGUCAGCUGACUCUGCUUUGCUUUCUGCAGCUUCUGUCUUCACCUCCAACAUAUACAAGAAUAUCCUGAGGCCUCAGUCAUCAGACAGAGAGAUCCAGUGGGUGAUCCGUGCUUCUGUGUUGGUAGUGGGCUUGGUUGGUACAUCGCUGACCAACCUGAAAACCAGCAUCUUAAUGUUCUGGUUCAUUAGUGCUGAAGUGGCCUACAUCAUUAUCUUCCCUCAACUCGUCUGCGUCCUCUUCUUCGACAUCUCCAACGGUUACGGUGCUGUUAUGGGCUUUCUGAUUGGAUUAGUGUUAAGACUGCUCAGUGGAGACCCAUCACUUGGGUUAGCACCGGUCAUUCACUUCCCAGGAUGCACUCUUGAGGACGGUGUUUAUGUCCAGUACUCUCCGGUUAAGACCAUCUCCAUGUUGUCUGCCAUUGCUGCCAUCUUGUUGUUCUCCUACCUGGCUUCUGUGCUCUUCAACAAAGGCCUGCUUCCUGAGAGGUGGGAUGUGUUCAAAGUGAAACAGCAGCUCUCACCAGAACCACUGACAGCAACAUGUGGCGCCGCAGAACACAAUGAGAAGGAGAAGUUGAAUAGAAACAACUCUCAGACCGAAGCAUCAGAGCCAAUGUUUAGCACAGACUGUUAAUGUUCCUGUGUGUACAGUACAAUGUGUUUCCUUAUAGUAAUAUAGUUACUAUGCUGAGGGUUUCUGUUGCA